ACUGCUCUCUGGCAUCAAAGAGCACCUGGGGAACCGCGUAACAUGGUCUCUUGAAGGCUGACAAUGACACAAUGUUUUCAAAGAUGGGAUGCAGGCUAUCGGAAUCUUGACAAAAGUGUGCACGGAUUUGUGGCAUCGUUUUCAUAAGUAGCAGGUGUAUUCUCUUACUAUAACAACCUGCGGUGCGUCUAUGCAUUCUAAUAUGUCGUUGUGUAAACUUCCUGAACAAACAGCUAAGGAAGUGGCAGACAGGAUUGCCAUUGCUCUCCGGUGACUACUGGACUGUUUUUACACCUUCAUUCUAAAUAAGGAAGCAGCCUGUCCGACAUAUGACCACCGUCCCGAUUUGGGCUCUGCCACCGUACCCAUCGCAUCCCAUGAUUGCUCAACGCUAUCCAAUGAAACUCCUCUUUCCCCCUCCUCACAGGAGAGGGAACAGAGUCGAGACCACACUCUCAUCAGGAUUGCGGUUCUGCGCUGCGCACACACAUGCUUGGGUAGCAACUCUCUCUCCCUCCCCUCUCUUAACAAGCAGUGAAGUCAGAGUGAUGUCAUACCAGGAUGCUAGUGCCUGGCAAGGUGAGAUAGCUUUUUGGUGAGUGGUGUUCUCCACGGCCAGCGUUGCCAAUCCAACGGCGCGGAGCUGCGAAAGAUGGUAAUCAUCACCACCACCACCUCAAGCUCAGUCGCGCGUUCUCCUUUUUCUAGCCCUCGGCUCCCGGGCCACCGUUCCAUGCCCGACGCUCUGAUCUGCCUUCUUAAAAUAAUCCUUUACCACCAUGCCAAAGGAAGAAAAACAAGAAGAGCGGUAUUUUUAGGGCCGUUAACUCUGACCACGUGCCCUGAAGGUAAACCGGAUGGCAAUUGCGCAAAGGUGCCUCAUCAGUAUGUCCUACGAGGCCAGCACGCACUGGACGUUGACUGCAAUUGUUCUCUUGGGGUCUGUUUUGGGGAUUGUGUCAUCAUAUCCGAUUCCAAGCAGGACUAAUGCAACUUUAUUGGAAAGAAGGUGGGAGACCCUAUUCUCCCGCUCCUUUCUGGGGAUUUCUGGCGAGAAAUCAGAUAUGAACUGGGAGAACGACUACUUGCUGGGUAUCAAGAGAGUGCGGCGACUUUACUGCAACGUAGGCAUUGGGUUUCACCUGCAGGUUCUCCCAGAUGGCAGGAUAAAUGGUAUACAUAAUGAGAACCCAUACAGUCUAAUAGAGAUCUCUACAGUGGAUCGAGGAGUGAUAAGCAUGUACGGAGUGAGAAGUGGGCUGUUUGUCGCAAUGAACAGCAGAGGAAGGUUAUACGGGACGCCUGUCUUUCGGGAAGAGUGUAAGUUCAAGGAGACCUUGCUGCCAAACAACUACAACGCCUACGAGUCGUUUGUUUACAAGGGCUCCUACAUCGCCCUCAGCAAAUAUGGCCGGCUGAAGAGAGGCAAUAAGGCUACCACCGCCAUGACAGUGACACACUUCCUCCCCCGACUAUGAGCAGAACUCGACUAUGAGCAGAACUCGCAAAAACUCUUUGAUUUGCACAUGUGGAUGUUCUUCCAGGUAAUAUAGAAAAUACAUAUUCAUUUACCGUAAUGACCGGCGGACUGCAAGAGUUACACAUUAUUUGGAUAGCUAACUUUGUAUUACAACUGAUGUAUUAUGCCAUUCUGUGCUGCUUAUAGUUUGUAAUAUUAUUGUUGGGGAAGACGACUACUUUGCCAGUCUCAACACUUUACUUUGGUGCUUGCUGUAACAGAAGUUCACCUCACUCCGUCUUUGGGAUGGAUGACUAGCUGUAUCCUUGGAAAGAAUGAAAUGGAUACUUUUUAUUACCUCAAAGAACUACUUGACUGGAUGAAGGAUGCAUGGAGUUAUACUCAAAAAUACCUGCUAAGUUUAUCCUUUCUCUGAGGGCUUUGAGUGCUUGACUCCUCUGUUGAACACUGAUGUCCAGCCAGGGGAACCCCAGACAACCUAAAUGCACUUCUUUUGCUGCACGAUGUGAAGGUGCCUUGCUGUUCCCACUUGUGGCCCCCUUCUUCUUGCAUGUAAGAUACACCCACUGAAGUCAGAAAUAGGCUGACACUCUGAAGAGGGCCUCAGGGGGGCAAGACUAUCUCUGGUUUAUUUUCUUUUUAUGUCAUUCGAACUGAUUUAGGUUUGAACAGUGAGACCCGAGGACUCUCAGCUUUGUGUAGUGGUGGAGCCUGAGGUGAACCUAGCUGCCCACUUAGAAGUUCAAUAAUGUGGGGCAAUCAUAAUAAUAACAGGGUUGGAUAAAUGUUUAUCCAUAACUGGUGUAAAAUUAUAUUGGCCCAAAACUCUAUUUUUUUGCAUUCUGAAAUGAAUAGAUUAACUGUAUUAAUAACAUGCAAGCACACAGUGGAAAAAUACUACAUGUCACCUACAUGGGACACUGCUAGCAUACAAUCCAAAUACUUAUGUUUUGGUGCUUCUGGUAAGUGUGUGAGAUGUAAAAUUGCAAGCUUUGUGCAUCGCUGUGGAAAAAAGUCUAAACAGGCUCCUGACUAAGAAGCCAAUUAACAAUGUUGUAAAUAGUGAGAAUGUGAGACAUUGCUAAAGAGAAAGAGAAGCUUUACUUUGCCUGGUGGCAAAACAGAGUUCAGGUUGCACAAUGACCAUCAAUGAUGGUGCCUAAUAGUUUUUGGUAAGAAUCAUUACCACACAUAUUUAUUUGUUUGUUGAAGUGUUCAAUGGAUUUCCACUGAGUGAGGUGUGUGCUGUGGGCAGGCUUCACUGCAGCAGCAACUACAGUGGAGAUGGUGUUGGGUAGCCUGGCUGCCAGCCCAACUUAGCCCUGCCCACAAAAAUUUGGUCGGGAAGUACGGUCUGGGGUGUCUCGUUUGGGGAAAAACUAUGUCCGAACAGGAGCUGUUUGGACCAAUAAAAUUGUCUGGGCAGGCCUUUUACGAUGAUGGACAGAUGAUCAACAGUAACGUAAUCAACCACGUCACCAAAGAGCGCUUGGGUUGAAUUUGUUUUCAACAAACA